AUGUCUUUUGGUCUUUUAAUCCAUCUAUUCACAAAACCUGAUUAUCUAAAUGUAAAAAAAAGAGAGGAUCAUGGUAUGAGUAUUCAAUCUAUAACAGCACUGGGAGAUAACAAGACCUACAUCAUCUCUGCCUAUUAUGACUCUCGAAGAAGCAAGUCAGUGCGAGUACUUGCAAUAAUCCAUGAGUCGGUGAAGGAGCUUUAUUGCUGGUUUCAUUGUGCCUACAAGGAUCAUGUUCUGGUCACAGCACAAAUAGACCUUCAUCAGGACAGAUUUGGAUUUCGAUAUGGUACAGCAGAUCUUCUGUGUGAGGAGCCUCCAGAUUGUAUUUAUGAGUUUGUGUCUGUUCAUUGGUCCAAAACUAGACCUAUAACUUCUGUUCCCAGGUUUGAGGUAAAAAACCGUGUUGUUGGACCAUUCUCUGUAAACUUUACUGUCUGUAUCUCCGCGAUAUAUGGAGAGUAUAAUAAUGUAUUACAGAUGAUUCAGAGCUUUGAAAUGUACAAACUACUUGGAGCAAAUAGAGUAACAAUUUAUAAGAACGGAUGCCAUGAGAAUGUUGAGAAGGUCUUACAAUAUUAUGUUAAGGAAGGGUUCCUAGAUGUAGUAACUUGGCCAAUAGACAGAUACCUGCGGACGUCUAACAAAUGGCUACAAUCUAGAGAUCCUAAAAGUCAAGUUGGUUAUUAUGGUCAAUCUGCAGUGCUAAAUGAUUGCAUGUAUAGAAACAUGUAUAGAAGUAAAUUUGUUCUUCUCAAUGACAUUGAUGAAAUUAUUCUUCCAACAAAACACCUUGACUGGGAAUCUCUCAUGUCCACUCUUCAGGAAAAAUAUCCACAAACCAGUGUCUUCCGUAUAGAAAAUCAUUUUUUUACAAGAUUUCUUAAUGAUUCAGAGGGUGACAUGUGGAACGAUAUUCCUGGGGUCAAUAUCCUUCUUCAUACUUCCAGACUACCUAUUAACCCAGCUAUAUUCAACAGUCGUAAAAUGAUAAUUAAUCCAAGGCAGGUUUUUCAAACAUCGAUUCAUAAAGUUUUGAAGGCUGAUGGAAAAUCCACUGAUGUUUCUAUUGAUGAUGUGAUUCUUUUUCAUUGUAAAAACAUAGGUCAACCCAAACUUGCUAAUGAGACUCUCAUUGAAGACAACACAAUUGUGAGAUACCAUAACCGUUUGGAGCAGAAAGUGGAUAAUGCAAUUCAUAACAUUCAUUGGAUGCACAAGUGUUGGAAAUUCUUUGGUUAUUAUCUUAAGUGUCACAUGUAG